GUUCUCCCGCCUCCGCCGCGGCUCGUGGACGUCCCGCCAUGGCACUGUCGCGGGGGCUACCCCGGGAGCUGGCGGAUGCCGUGUCCGGGGGCCGGGUGCUGGUGGUGGGCGCGGGCGGCAUCGGCUGCGAGCUGUUAAAGAACCUCGUGCUCACCGGCUUCUCCCACAUCGACCUGAUCGAUCUGGAUACUAUUGAUGUCAGUAACCUCAACAGACAGUUUCUAUUUCAAAAGAGACAUGUUGGAAGAUCAAAGGCACAGGUUGCCAAAGAAAGUGUACUGCAGUUUUACCCGAAAGCUAAUAUUGUAGCUUACCAUGACAGCAUCAUGAACCCCGACUAUAAUGUGGAAUUUUUUCGACAGUUUAUAUUGGUUAUGAAUGCAUUAGAUAACAGAGCCGCCCGAAAUCAUGUUAAUAGGAUGUGUCUGGCAGCUGAUGUCCCUCUUAUUGAAAGUGGGACUGCUGGUUAUCUUGGGCAAGUAACUACUAUCAAAAAGGGCGUGACCGAGUGUUAUGAAUGUCAUCCUAAGCCCACCCAGAGAACUUUUCCUGGCUGUACAAUUCGUAACACACCUUCAGAACCUAUUCACUGCAUCGUUUGGGCAAAAUACUUGUUCAACCAGUUGUUUGGGGAAGAGGAUGCUGAUCAGGAAGUGUCUCCAGACAGAGCUGACCCUGAAGCUGCCUGGGAACCAACAGAAGCUGAAGCCAGAGCCCGAGCAUCGAACGAGGAUGGUGAUAUCAAACGUAUUUCUACUAAGGAAUGGGCUAAGUCAACUGGAUAUGACCCAGUUAAACUUUUCACCAAGCUUUUUAAAGAUGAUAUCAGGUAUUUGUUGUCAAUGGACAAACUAUGGCGGAAAAGGAAACCUCCAGUUCCAUUGGACUGGGCCGAAGUACAAAGUCAAGGAGAAGAAACUAAUCUAUCAGACCAACAAAGUGAACCCCAGUUAGGUCUGAAAGACCAGCAGGUUCUAGAUGUGAAGAGCUAUGCGAGUCUUUUUUCAAAGAGCAUCGAGACUCUGAGAGUUCAUUUAGCAGAAAAAGGAGAUGGAGCGGAGCUCGUAUGGGAUAAGGAUGACCCAUCUGCGAUGGAUUUCGUUACUUCAGCUGCAAAUCUCAGGAUGCAUAUUUUCAGUAUGAAUAUGAAGAGCAGAUUUGAUAUAAAAUCAAUGGCAGGGAACAUAAUUCCUGCUAUUGCUACUACUAAUGCAGUAAUUGCCGGGUUGAUAGUGCUGGAAGGAUUGAAGAUUUUAUCAGGAAAAGUAGACCAGUGUAGAACAAUUUUUUUGAAUAAGCAACCAAACCCAAGGAAGAAGCUCCUUGUGCCUUGUGCACUGGAUCCUCCCAACCCUAAUUGUUAUGUAUGUGCCAGCAAGCCAGAGGUGACUGUACGGCUAAAUGUCCACAAAGUGACUGUCCUCACAUUACAAGAUAAGAUAGUGAAAGAAAAAUUUGCUAUGGUGGCACCUGAUGUGCAAAUUGAAGAUGGGAAAGGAACAAUCCUAAUAUCCUCAGAAGAGGGAGAGACAGAAGCUAAUAAUCACAAGAAGUUGUCUGAAUUUGGAAUUAGAAAUGGCAGCCGGCUUCAAGCAGACGACUUCCUUCAGGACUAUACUCUAUUGAUAAACAUCCUUCAUAGUGAAGACCUAGGAAAGGAUGUCGAAUUUGAAGUUGUGGGUGAUGCCCCAGAAAAAGUGGGGCCUAAACAGCCUGAAGAUGCUGCCAAGAGCAUAACCAAUGGCAGCGAUGAUGGAGCCCAACCGUCUACCUCCACAGCACAAGAGCAAGACGAUGUGCUCAUAGUUGAUUCUGACGAAGAAGGUCCUUCAAAUAAUGCGGACAUUGGCGAAGAUGAGAGAAGUCGCAAGAGGAAAUUAGAAGAGAAGGAGAGUGUUUGUGCAAAGAGGUCGCGUGUGGAACAGACGGGCUGGCCUCAAACUUGCGAUUAUCCUGACUAAGUCCCUUGAGUGCCGGGAUUACAGGCUGUGACUUAGGAGGAAGGAAGGCCUCUCUUCUGAACCUGCAGAGAGCUGAGGGAGCCCACUUGUUCCCACUAGGUUGACAGUCCACGCGGAAGCUGCCCAGAGGCAUUUGGCUCAUUGUCGCUCAUGUCCUGACGACGGUCAUCAGUAACACCUGGCUUUGAAGUGGCCUUGCCCCAUGAGAGACAUUUAGCAAAUUUAAGACACUAAUCAGCUUUUUUGUAACAUCCAGAAAAAUACUAAAAGUAAACUAAAAAAACCCCAAAGAAACCUGGGAAGAAAAUGUCUGCAGAUGUUGUCAGUCAUCGUAACUUGCAGAGGUGAGGAGAGCCUCCUGUUUGUUGAUUGACCGAGAGGGCUGGCCUCACUCACAAGCCUCCUGCCUCGGCCUCCUGAGUGCUGGGAUUAUACGCUUAAGCCACCAUGCCUGACUCUGCAUUCUAAAGCAGUAUUCCUGAGAUCCAAAAUCUCUAUGUGACUGUUCUGAGAGAGGAUAUAUUUAGAGAGGUAUUUUUAUAGAUAUUUUCAUACUGGGAAUAUGUUAUUUGCAUUCUGCACACAGAGUCUAAUUCAAAACAUCUAGCUCAAGCUGCAGCCGAAAGGCUUACUUGAGACAUUUUAACUGCUCACUAAGAAAUAAAUCAACUGACUCAAACUGAAGGGCUACAGUGCUUCAGUGCUAUUUGGUUGUUUUUUUGAAGACAACAUCCUGGUAAAGUAACAUUUUAGGAGGUUUUUCUAAAUGCCUGACUUGUGUUGGCUUUAAGAUUUUAAAUUUAGCAAAAAGUCGUGACUUCCUAGCUUAGGAAGGGUUAUGAGUGAAAAUUUCA